AUGUUCAACAGCAGUGACAUGAGAAUGAAACCCUUUGUGAUCCUGGGAUUUCCUGGACUUUCACCACCGUAUUAUGGACCUGUUUCAGCUCUGCUUUUUUUCAUCUUUUUUGCACUUGUUUUUGGAAAUCUUUUUAUUUUAGUCUUUGUUAUGAGCGAGAGGUCUCUUCAAAAACCAACAUAUCUUGUGUUCUGUCACCUGGCACUUAAUGAUUUAACAUUUGGCACAGUGACACUGCCAAAGAUCAUAUCUAAAUACUGGUUUAAUGACAGCACCAUUUCAUUUUAUGGAUGUUUUGUGCAGAUGUUCUUUGUUCAUUAUAUAGGAGCUGCACAUUCCUUCAUUUUAAUGGUAAUGGCUUUUGAUCGACUUAUUGCAAUCUGCAUUCCACUGCGAUAUCCUGCUCUCAUCACGAACACAGUCAUCUCUGUGCUCUGUGGGUGUUCUUGGUUCAUACCAGUGUCACUUAUCUUAACUAUUGUGCUGCAAGCCCUGAAUUUACCUUACUGUAAAUCAAAUGUCAUCAUUCAGGGCUACUGUGACCAUUUUUCUAUCAUAACCCAGGCAUGUGGCAAGGAUGUAAUAGUUGCACAGAUCACAGCAUUCUGUAUUGCUAUGUUUUGUCUUUUGCUUCCUCUUGCAUUCAUCUUGUUUUCAUAUGUUUCCAUCAUUGUGGCCAUUUUGAAAAUUUCUAAUUCUGCAGGAUGCAAGAGAACUUUAUCCACUUGCACUCCACAGAUAUUCAUCACCUGCUUGUUUUAUCUACCCAGGUGUUUUGUUUAUGUGGCUAAUACUGUAGGAUUUUCUUUCAGUUUGGACAUUCGUAUUUUACUCAUUUUGCUGUACAGUCUUCUUCCUGCCGCUGUUAAUCCGAUCAUAUAUUGUUUCAAGACACAGGAUAUCAAAAAAAUGAUGGUGAAGAGGCUGACAAAAGCUAAAGUUGUAAGAGUAAUUAAAAUGUCAUUUUAA